UCCAUCUCCAUCUCCCACCUGAUCGCAGCCAUAUAAAUCCCAACAGCUGAUCAACAGACUUCAGAAAGCCCAAGACCUUCACAGAGUGCAGGACGGAGAAAGAGGAGAGAGCCGGAGCUAAAGCUGAGACACUGCGUUUUCAUCUAAGUGGCUUUUUUUUUCAUCAUUUAUACAAUGAGUGGCAAAUAUUGACGUGGGGGCUGUGAUAUACUCUCUGAAGUUCAAAACGAGCCAAAUCCUGGACGCAGUUACCAGCUUAUUUUCUACGGUCAACUGUGAGGAGACUGAGGACAGCUGCACGAGGAAGAAAGAGAGAGAGAAGAGCGAAAGAACGGAUCUCUUGCUGUGGGGGUGCUGUCCAGUGCUGAAGCCUGCCUGCCUAUACAUUCGCGCAGCACUGAAAGGGAGCUAUCCAGUGCUGAAGUUGCAUUUCUGACCAGCGGAACACAGGACUGCCGCACGAAAAUCAGCAGCUCAAUAAGGAGGAUUCGGAAGGGGUCUCAGGCUUUUCGCCCUGUGCUGGCAUCUGAUCACACACAAAUCGGCGUGCCGAAGAAGCGAUUCCGCCCGUCUAUACAGCCCCUUUUCCUCAGCCCUGCAUGAGGAGUGAUAGACUUAACCACCGGACGAGUGUUGUUUUGUUCAACGUGGAACCAUGCCAAGAUCUUUUCUGGUCAAAAAGGUUAAGCUGGAUGAUUUCUCAUCUGCUGAUCUGGAGAGCCAUUAUGGCAGAGUGAGGUCCGACCUCAGCCUCCGCUUUCAUGAAAAAGGGUACAUCAGUGACUACAUGACCCCGUCUGUCUAUGAUGGCGAAAGUGACAAUGGCAUUAAAGUCCCCUCUACCAGCCCCAUCUACGAUGGCAUCCACAGCGACGGCAUCCACAGCGACUACGGAACACCGGACUCAGACCAGCCCGACAGUCCCCAGUCCGAGAUCUCAUCCGGGUACAUCAACGGAGACACCGCCGUGAGCGAGGGCUACACCGUAGACGCCUUCUUCAUCACGGAUGGAAGGUCGAGGAGAAAAGCCAUCAGCAGCCCCAGGACCAUACAGCGUCACACGUGCAACGAGUGUGGAAAAACGUACGCCACGUCCUCCAACCUGAGCCGGCACAAGCAGACCCACCGGAGCCUAGAGAGCAAGAUGGCCAAGAAGUGCCCCACCUGUGGGAAGGUGUACGUGUCCAUGCCCGCCAUGGCCAUGCAUCUGCUCACCCACGACCUCAAGCACAAGUGUGACAUAUGUAGCAAGGCCUUCAGUAGACCUUGGCUGCUGCAGGGACACAUGCGGUCACACACCGGCGAGAAGCCCUUUGGAUGCGCGCACUGCGGAAAGGCGUUCGCCGACCGCUCCAACCUCCGCGCUCACAUGCAGACGCACUCCGCUUUCAAGCACUACAAGUGCAAGAGAUGCGACAAGACCUUUGCUUUAAAGUCCUACCUGAACAAGCACUACGAGUCCGCCUGCUUUAAGGGAGAGUUCUCGCCCAUGAGCUCCAUUGACGAUUGACUUCUAUAGUAACCAUUAACACAUCAUGAAACUUCUUCCAACGGUAUCCCUAUAUUAUUCCCUAGACAACCUGUUCUAUGGUGACAGCACAGGUUUUAUCCCCUCCUGCAGCAAACAGCAUCACUAAGGACAUGUUGGAUUACGCAUGUAGCCUCCCUAAACUUUUUUCCAUGGGCUAUCCACCUUUGAUCGUUAUAACAACAACAACUUGUUCAACUAUUAUGAGUCGAAAUUUCAUGUGUUUGCCAAACUCACAUGACAUUGAAAAUGUCUUAAUUUCUCUCGAAGGUCAAACCUUUUUUAAGUAUUGGACAAUAUUGUACUGCUGCCAAUGGCCACAAAAGUGUUCAGUAGUGAGGUAAACCUAUUUAUUAAUUCACUUAUUUAUGUAUCUAUUUAUUUAUUUAUUUUUUACUUUCAUUUUGUGUAGAAUCUUCAUUUGCACUUUAAUUUAGUAUUGUUUUGCAAGCAUUCGUCAUGAAUAUGCCAAAGCAUUUGCCACUUUCUAAAUAUCGUCUUAUUUUUGUUCGCCACUUUAUAAACAUAUUGCAUGCAAAAAACGAUGAUAAUGAAAUCUAUGCCAAUUUUAUGAAGCUUUGGAUUUUUGCCAAAAUCUAGAUAUAAUCCUUCGGUAAUAUUUCUCGGGAGUCUCAUCAUAAAGAACUAUAGAGCAAUAAUGCAUGGUAUUUGUAAAACAUAAAUGAGUAAUAACUAUAACAUUUUUAACACACAUCACCCUUUUAUCCAGUACUCUAGUAGUUAUACAUAAAUUGAAUAUCAGGGAAACGCCAGUGAGUGUGGUAUUUAAUGGAUAAACCCAUGGGGUGGGAUAGGGAAGGGUCCUUUUGUAAAUGGUUAUGCACUGCCUGCCUCGUAUUUAUCGUAGUCUUAGAACGUAGACUUCUGGUGCUGAUCUAAAAAUAGUUCCAAGCAAUCCAGAACAUCUCACCACCAAGUCUGUGGAACAACGCCCGAGGCCCAAACGACGGCGGCGCUACCCCAUAUCACGUCUCUCACAGGUGGACAAAUAAGUUUAUGGGUCACUUACAAGAUAACUUUCACUGCACCAGGGCACAAAAUGAUCAACACAAUAAGAUGACCGUACUCUAGCCACGAUAAAGUCCAUUAAUCUUAUAAAAGCACUUCCUUAUACUAUGAACAUUUCAACUUUUUAAAGAUAGUAGCACAACAAGUAGAUUCAGGUAGAAAGGCCUCCUAUUAGCUAUAGGCUAACCUCUGUUUUUGUACUAUGCCGAUCAAAGGGAAAUAACUGUUUAUUGCAAGACGCCUUGUACAUAACCCUUUGAUGAAUAUGAUAUUUCUACAAUCUGUAAAGAAUCAAAUGAAUCUUAUUUCUGGAGUUCUUUUCCCUGGGAUUUUUAUGCCCAGUAUUUGAACGAUGUAAAGCACAAUGGCACCGGGCAUUUUGUCUCACUUCAUAAUAAAGAAUCAAUAAAGAUCUAACACGAUGUGGUCCAUGUUUGUCUAAACCUUUUAGAGAAAUCAGAUACGU